GAGCACGUGGUGAUCCGGCGCGUUGGCGGGGAACCCGCACGGUAUCGUGUCGCAAAAGUAAAAUUCGCGACUGUCAGAUCAGCGCGGUACAGGUGAGCGAGCGAGCGAACUCUCGUAGCUUCCGCGCCGCCGCUGCGAGGUGACUUUGUGUCAUAACGGCGCGCGAGACCGCCCUCGCUUAUUUUUCCUGAUUUCUCUCCGGAUUGCGCUUUUUCGGCAAUUGCGCGCGAGGGAAGCGAGAAAAGCAGUUCUCACGUACGAACAAGAACGGUAACGGUCGACGACGGUGAAGCGCACGUCGUGUUCUCGACGUAUUUCCGACUCGAGUGAAACAAAACAGAGAAGACAAAAUGUAUAACCGGAGAGAUUCGUAGUUUGUGACAUUCUGACCGCAAACCAGGGGUCACCGUGCAGCAAAGCGAGCAAUCGGCAGGAUGGAGUCCACCUGAGAGGAGGAGUCCACCAGCUUCACAUCGGCGUCGCUUAUCGAUAUCGAAAGACAACACGGUCCGAAUUCGCGUCUCGAUCGUCAUCACGUCUCGGACAUCAUCAUGUCCAGGUACAACGUGAACGAGGAGCACGACAUGGAAAACCAAGGUCGAGAGGUCACGCUAACAGGCUUCAGCAGCAACGUGCUCGACGAGGUUCUUCGCAGCAACAACAACGAGCCGAACGCCCCGAACGGUAAUCCCAGCCACGGCGCUCAUGCCAUUACCAAAGACGCGAAGAUCGUCAGUCUCGAAGUGCCGCAAAAUUCUGACAAGAGCGUUCGGUGGACCUCUGGGAGAAAAUGGCUUCGUCGACGAGUCCGGAGGUCCUGCACAAGAAAGCUGUUGUUCAAAAGGAUACCGAUCCUCACGUGGUUACCGAAUUAUCGAAGAGACUACAUAGUGAGCGAUCUGGUGGCCGGUAUCACCGUCGGUCUCACCGUCAUACCGCAAGCCAUAGCGUACGCUAACGUCGCGGGACUACCGUUGCAGUACGGGCUCUAUUCGUCUUUUAUGGCCUGUUUCGUGUACACGAUCUUGGGUUCUUGGAAGGAUGUGCCUGUCGGACCGACCGCAAUCGCCGCGAUCCUGACGAGAGAGACUUUGCAAAAGGCACAUCUGGGACCCGAUUUUGCUGUAUUGUUGUGCUUCAUCUCCGGUUGUGUUUCUUUACUAAUGGGCAUUCUGCAAUUAGGAUUCUUGCUGGAUUUUAUAUCGGGGCCGGUGUCCGUGGGUUUCACGUCGGCGGCUUCGAUCAUCAUCGCCACUAGUCAGGUGAAGGACAUUCUCGGGAUCAAAGUAACCGGCACCAAAUUCGUUCAGGUCUGGCAAAAUAUCUUCGAGCACAUCAGAGAGACCAGAUGUUGGGACACUAUUCUGGGAAUCGUCUGUAUAAUCAUUCUGUUGCUUCUUCGAAAGGUGAAAGACUGGCUGAUAGUACCAAAGAAUACCAAAGUACCGUCGCAAUUACAACAGGUUAUUGCAAAGCUAGUCUGGCUGAUCUCCACAGCAAGAAACAUCAUCAUAGUGAUCGUUUGUGCGGUAAUGUGCUGGCUCCUCGAGGAACAUCUCGGAGAGUCGCCUGUCAUUCUGACGGGUCACGUGAAGCAGGGACUGCCGGAAGUUCGUUUGCCGCCUUUCGAAUCCCACGUUGGAAACGACACUUACACUUUCAUCGACAUGAUCUCCGCUCUCGGUACCGGCUGUUUGGUCGUUCCCAUGCUGAGUCUACUGGAAACUAUUUCUAUCGCCAAAGUAUUCUCUGAUGGCAAGUCGAUAGACGCGACUCAAGAGAUGUUGGCACUGGGUGCAUGCAACGUGGUUUCGUCGUUCGUGUCGUCAAUGCCUGUGAGCGGCGGUCUCAGCAGAGGUGCGGUGAACCACUCGUCCGGGGUUAAGACGACACUCGGCGGCAUCUAUACCGGACUGCUGGUGCUUAUAUCGUUACAGUUCCUGACACCCUAUCUAUAUUACAUUCCAAAAGCUGCUCUGGCGGCCGUCAUCAUCGCCGCGGUCGUCUUUACGGUGGAGUUUCAAGUGGUGAAGCCCAUGUGGCGAAGCAAAAAAAUCGAUCUCAUACCGGCCGUGACCACGUUUCUGUGCUGCCUGUUUAUACGACUCGAACUGGGCAUAGUAAUCGGCAUCGGUAUAAAUCUCUUGUUCCUACUUUACGCCUCGGCCAGACCGACGUUGCGAGUUCACAAAGCUACAAGCAUUAGUGGCUAUGAAUAUCUUGUCAUCACUCCGGAUCGAAGCCUGGUGUUUCCGAGCGUCGAAUAUGUCCGAGCUGUUAUUAGCAAGCAAGGAUUACGAGAGGGAAUCAACGUCCCUGUUGUGAUAGAUUCCACGCAUAUUCAAGCAGCUGAUUUCACAGCGGCAAAAGGCAUCAAAACUUUAAUAGAGGAUUUUGCGAAGAGGGGUCAGCCAUUGAUUUUCCACAAUUUAAAGCCGAGCGUGAUCGAAAUAUUUAAAGGCGUAAAACCCUCGGGACUCACAUGCAGUUCCAGCGAGAUCGAACUCAACGACUGCCUUAAAGAAUAUACAAAUAGCUCAACCGAAACUCUCAAUCGAUAUUGAAGAAAAUAUGGAAAACGCGCAGUAUAUUUUUCGAACGUCAGUGUUAUAACGGGAACAUUUUGCUACCGCUAUAGACUGUGCAGCGCAAAAAAGUGUCACUUUCAAAUUUAUUUAAUUAAAUUAAGAGGUUGUACAUAUGUAUUUUAGCACAUUUCAGUAUAAAAUUAGUCUGUAUGAUAUUUUUGUACUUACGAAAGGCAGGAGUUUCAAUUAUUAUUUACAUUUCGACGCAACAUUCAUCCAACACAUUCAGAUACAAACAGAUCUAUAGAAUAAUCUGGCGCUACAACCGAACAAAGUUGUACAUCAAAGUAGCCUCGUUAUUCAAGAAAAUUAGAUAGCUACAAAGUUGUAAAAUGAUCUUUUUAUAUCAUUUAUACAAUAACUUCUCUCUCUCUCUCUCUCUCGACUUUUCUUUGAGCUUGGAUAUUAUUUUUU